AUGACGACGAUCGUACGGCGUCGCCCGGGCUUGCGCGAUGACCCGCCCCGCCAGGGUGUGUCCCGGGUGGUCGGCGGGGCCAAGCCGUCGCCCACGGAUGUGGGAUUUCCCGACCAGUUGUACCCGAACAACCCGACCAUGAGGCGGUGGCCGGAGGCCGCCCGCCGAGCCCUCGACGCGGCGCGGGCCUCGCGGGGCGGCCCGCAGGGCGGCAUCGGCCUCCAGGCCGGCGGCGCCGCCGGAGCUGCCCGCGGCGGCGCCGCAGACGCAGCCGGCUCCGCCAGCGGCCCCGCGCAGCGCUGCGCGGGCGCCGAGGGGCUCCGCCAGAGCACGGGGGCGCCUCGGGAGGCAGAUGCCGCCCCAGGGCCCGCGCGGAGCGAGCAGGAGCGGGCUGCGGAGCCCGAGCCGGCGGGAGACCGCGCCGGCAGGCGGCACGCGGAACUCCUUGCGAACGCGCAGCGGACGGAGGACCUCCGGCAGCAGCGCGGCGCCGUGCUGCAGGGGGGCGCCGAGUGCGACAGGCUCCUGGAUACGGCGUGGCAGGCCGCGAUCAAAGUCGAGGCCGCCGCGGCGGACACCGUGAGGGCGUUCUCGCCGUUGGGUGGCGCCCUGUGCGCCGGCCUCACGAGCAGCGCGGCGGCUGGCCCGACCUUGCGGGCCGAGCUGGAGUUGGGCAAAGGCUUGAAGCUCAUGGAGACGGCGGAGGAGCUCACCGCCUUCGCCGCGGACCCGGAGUUCCGCGCCGUGGUGCCGAUGCCGUCCAGAGACAGCCUCGAGAAGCUGGCCGGGCGCAUGGAGUAUUUGCGCGCGCUGCUCCACCAGCUCCAUGAGGGGCUCCGUGUCUGUCGGGUCUCCACCACUACGAUGGUGUGCGCGGAGGUCCUGCGGGCGCAUCGGGAUCCGCAGAGCAGAACGUCGCUCCCGGCUCAGCUGAAGCGCGACGACUUCGUGGAGUUUCUCUCGGGACUGGGGCAGCAGUGCAUCGACGAUGACCGGAUGCCGCGCGAGCUUCACACGUUUGUCUCGCGUAUGUACCUGGAGUUGCUCUUCGAGCAGCUUGCCUUGGGUGACGAGGUCCUCGAGACAGAUUAUGCUCUGACCCUGCUCGGGCAGCACAGGAAGUUCCGCGUUCUGCCGCGGAACCACUGCUGGCCCGAUGGUCGUGCAGACGGUGCCCGCGCGGUCAUCACCGAGCAGCGUCUGCUGGGCCCCAGUCGAAUAAAGGCGAAGAUCCAUGUGGAGGAGGGUGACACGCUCACGGCGCUCAGCUUGCCCCAGAAGUUGAGUGACGGCACGGUCCGCAUGCAUUGCGACGCAAAAGGUGUUGUCGGUUGGGUCACCGUGCGCACCAACAUGGGCACCAAGCUCGUGGCCCCGUUCUCCCAGAUCAACAUGAGGACCGCCCGGAGGGGGCCUGUCGGCGACCUCAAAGGGUGCGGUUACGCUUGA